AUGAGUGCUGAUUUUGAUGGGUGGGUAGAAGCUGCUGUAGCUAUUACCGAGCGAGAUCAUGCACUUUCCCCCGCCACAUUUCAAGCCUUUGCCGUACUCACUACUAUCGUCGCAGAGUACACCGCCGCGAUGGAGGCCCGUAUCACCGCAUUUGAAGCCCGAGUUGACGCAGUCCAAGCCCGCCUCGACGCAGCUGAGCCCCAGCUUGAUUUACCCCAUUUCGGCGCAGUUCGAGCCAAUCUCGCUGAAAUUCAAGGUAAUCUCGCUGCUUCUGAAUUCGAGCUGAUCACAGGCCCCAUAGCCCAGCUCGCCAUACUUCAAGCCCAGUCCGCCGAAGAGCUUGCUACCCAGUUAACAGCUCUAAAAAUUACCCUUAAUGGCUGGAUUGUCGAGAUUGAAGCCCACCUUGAAGAGAGCGAAAGUCGUGUGGAGACUAAUUCUGUUUCUGCUGAGCACUACUGA